AUGUCGGCGUCCUCGUCCGCAUUUUCGUUUGCGAAUGUUGGCUCAGCUCCGUCAACUUCGAGCGAGCAAGUGCGGGGCUCGACUGGGGUCUUCGGCAACAUUGAUGACCUGUCAACCGCUUCGAUUCUCGACCGCCUAAGAAAUGCUGAGACGACUUCUUCAGGACCCGCCCAGUCGGGUUCCGAUCACUCUCCGAGGCUUCUCAGAAGUGGCGUAUUCGUGGACUACAACGAGGAUCAGGGAGUUGGAGACGUGGACAUGGCAUCUGCAGUUGCUAACGAAGGACGUGAAGUUCAUCACACUAGUACCUUUGGACAGAUGAAACAAGGAAUAAAUAAUGUUGAAGAUGUUGUUCACAGAGCUGCAACUACAGGUGGCUUUGAUUCGCGAACCGAGGCACGCAAAUUGUUGCAAAAUUGGCUACAGUGCGAAGAAGAGGCUGCUGAGAUUACCAAAAAGACCGGAGCCAAUUCGCAGUGGCCUUCCGGUAGUUGUAGCCUGAUUUCGGCGCCGACGGCUCCAUCUUCCUCAUCUUUGAUGUUUUGUACAACUAGUUCAACAUCACUACUAGGAGGCGCAGGUUCGUCUUCAUCUGGUACGACUUUCGGAACAUCAUCGUCCUCCAGCUCUUCAGCAUUCAGAAAGAGCAUCGAUGAAGAAGAAAAUAUUAGUUCCAAGUCGUCUUCUACUUCUACCGGUCUCUUUAAGUGGGAUCGCAUGGCCUCGGGGCCGCAGGACCCAUUGCGUGCAAGUACCACGAAACGACCUUUAACUCCAGGCAGAACGAAAAGGCCGGCAUCUGCUUUGGAUGGUACGACUCACUAGACUUUUGACUUUGAUGGCACCGAAAUAACAAGAAGAAGAUUUUUUGUUUGAUGCAUUCUUCAGUUUGCGUUUGAUUCUGCCCCGAAGGCGUAGCUCCUAGUGGAUGACUAAACAGAGAUUGUCAUCAAAAUCGAUAGAAUAACACAACGCAAUCCCUCCACCAUCAGCCAAUGCGAUUCACACUGUAUUGCGAGACAAGUCCGCAACACUCUCCGCUGAUUUCGAGGAGGACCUUGCUGUUGCCAUGAACGCUAUCGAGCGUGUGAAUGCUGAGAGGCGGAACGCAGCGCAAACAAGCGAGCGGAGUGCUCCACUACAGACUGCAGUUGACCGGGUGAAAGAUGUUGACCCACGACUUAUGAUGGAAGAGCGACAUCGAAUGAUUCAAGAAAAGCGGCAAGAGCGCAAACGGGGCUCCGCGACGUUUUUUCCCGGAGUCUUGCCACCAGUUGUGGCAGGCGGUGGAAACGUAGCUAGCAGCACAAGAGGAAGAGGUGGCUCAACUAGCAGUACAAUUAAAAGUUCUUCAUCUACUUCGAUCUGGACUACACCAGCGCCUAUUGAGCAGCGCGGAUCGAAGAGAAGGACUGCAGCAGGUUCGAAUACGAAUCAGAGAAACCAAAACGGAGAAAUUUCAUCAGCUGCUGGGCGACCAUUAUCCGCUUCCUCACCUCUCGGUCGACCCGGUGAAAAUGGAGCCCGUCAUGAGGCGAGCCAUCCACUUUCACAACAACAUCCUUUCUGUUCCACCGCUGCCUCGACCUGUAGUGGUAAUGGAACCCUAAACUUUUCGCCGACGACCUGUGACGCAAGCGAUGCUGGCACUGCAACUGAAUCUCAAUCUUUUUUCGACGAGCAUAAUUUCGAUCUUGCCAGCGUAAGCACGGCCGAAGACGCGCUGGCACAGAGGGAGGCGGAACUCAAAAAGGCAAAGACGACUCUGCGCAGGGAAACAGACGCGUAAAAUAGUCUGUAUUCAUCUCUGGUGUCCUCGUUUUUGACUCCAUUAAUCUAUAUCUGUCUAAGUACUCUCAAUGUAACACGUCGUCGUCGUCGUCGACCAUUCUUGCUCGCCAGACUGUUAAUUUAACAUCGAUUCACUUUUUUAUUUUUUUACAACAACAUCAAGACGAGUCACAUCGACGUCAGGUAUAAGUCUCUGCUCACAGCGAAGGAGAAAGAAGCUCGAGCCGUUGUGGAGAAAGCUAAGAUUGAUGAUCAGCUUUCGCAACUGCGCAGCAAGCAGGAUGCAGAGCGCCGCAAGCAGGACGCCGAGACCGCGAAGAGGCGAGACUUCGGUUGCAAACGAGUCGUAGCGUCUACGGCUUUCAUCGUCAGCCAGCUGUCGAAACGGCACCGCAGCUGGGCCUUCGCACGGCUGAAAGCAGCUCAUGAGGAGGUUCAGAACCGUCUGCGACGCGCGCUACGUGCGCGCAAUCUUGAGCUCCAGCGAAGUGCCUGGCACGUCUGGCUGCGCUCGGUGCAGCUCGUGCAGGCCGAACGAGCAGAGGAGGCGUGGUUCCUCGAGAUGGCGCGGGCGAAAGCGCUAGAGGCGCGCGCAAAAGAGUUUGCCUUUAAAAAGUCGGCUGGUCGCUGUGUGCGUGCGUGGACCAUUUGGGCACGCGAGGCAAGUCAUUUGCGGGCUCUUGACAAUUUGAAAGAGAAAACUCGCAAAUUCCUACAACUAAGGAAUGCCGGCAAUGUUGAAGCGAUGGUAGGCGAACACGUACACGACAGCGGAGGUACCGGUGCUAAUAGAAGUAGAAACAGAAGAGCACCCGGUACAGCUGACCAUGGUAAUGUUGACGGAAUGCAUCGGGAUAUACGAAGUACGCCGGGAACAGACACCGCAGCAUCCCAAAAUCCUUACGCUGUACGAUAUCCCGCUAGAUGUGUGUCGCAGGCUGGUGGAGCAACGACGCCAACUUCGUCUCUUGGUAGAUCCCCAAAUGCACAGAGAUUUGAAAACUCUCCAACGUCUGAGAUUAGCGGCUCAGCUGCCGCUCGAAGCAACCGCAGGCGAACAACAACAAGCAGAACUCAGAACACAAAAGCAUGCAGCAAUUAUGACAACAACCACAAUUCGACAUCGACGUCAGUGAUAAGUGGGUUGGUGGAAACUCCUGCAUCUGCAUCAUCCAACAGCGUUACUGGUGCAGUCGUGAAACGCAGUAAGCUUGUGACACAGAUGGAGAAGCGUGCAGAGGAAAGACGACAGAGACACGAGAUUUUGGAGAAUCGAAAGAGAGAGGCCGAGGAGCAGAAGCGACAGUUGGAAAGGCAGAGAGAAGCCGAAGAGCUCGAACGGGAAGCAGCAGAAAAGCGGCAGCGCAUUCGUGAUGCUCAAUUAAAACAGAAACAGGAAGCCGAGUUCAGAGAGAGGCAAGAGGCGGAAAAAGCACUUCGGAGAAAGCAAAUGCGGGAAGCGCGUCAAUGGCAUGACUUUUCCCUCAUACGGAAAAGUUUCGAAAAUUUGGACCGCAUGUGGCGCAAAAUGACCGAGACCACCCAGAUUGCGGCACGUUUCCAUGUGGAGACGAGGCUUUUCAAUUUAAGACGACGUGUUGUACUAGAUAUUGAAGACAGAAGCAUCUCUACCUGUCGUAGUGCCAUACCUCCACCUUGUUAUCUUCAACAGAAUGAACUACUUGGGAAUAAAUUUAAGGGCGACCGCUUUCUAUGAAAUAAUAAAAAGGUACUGUGUACCUGUACUCGUCUGGGAUUGUUAUAUUUACGUACUUGUUUUCGACCUUUCCUAUGUAGUUUGUACUCCUUCAUUUUUCGUUGUCGUUGCGUGGAACCAGACCGCAGUCCGCAGUCGCAGCGCACGUGAGUUAAGGCUACAACUUCUAGAUUGAAUCGAAUCAUCCCUCGAUCUGUCAAUGUCAUUGCUACUAUUUCCGCUGCUUGUCUUCGCUACUCAAGAAGUACCUCACGAGUCAUGAUAAUGUUCAUGUUGCUCAACUAGAGAAAUAAGUACAUGAUGUACCUGAAAAAUGAGAUGGGCACGCCCACCGAUCAGAAAGUCGUAACUUUCUUUUUGAGCUCUAAAGCAAUCCGCCGAAGCAGCACAAAAUGCGAAGGCCGAUCGUCUCCGUGUACGACUUGCGCGUGAAACCGUUACCGCCGUUCUUCAAUGCAAUUUGCGAGCAGCGCGAGCCGAAGGAGCUGAGCUGUAUCACAAAGUGCUUGCACGCAAAUUCGUUGAAACUUGGCGAUGGCAUGCAAGACAGCUGGCAUUGCAAAAACAAGCGAAGGCGCAUUCUGCGUACUCAAACCCCUUCGCUUUCUUCUACCAGGAGUCACUGCUGAAAAUAUGUUCGUUUUCUAGGUUGAGAAAUUCGAAUUUGAAAUUGAAUAGUCUACUUACUAUAAGUGACCCAUAUUAAUACUCUCUUUCUCCCCGACAACAUCAACAUGUGAUGAGAAGCUAAACCGUAUCUCAUUGCAGCAUUUUCAAAACUUGUGAGCAAAAACAAAAACUCUUCGUCUACGUCUUCAGCCUGACAUAUUUAUUGAUAACAAGCUUUAGUACCUACUUACACGACAACAUGAUCAACCAGAUACUGUAAGCAUUUACUGGCGCGCGUCAUGCCGAUUUGGUUGAGCGGAGUUGAGGAAUGCAGAGUCGAGCGGCAUAAGGAGCGACUCAUGUCGAAGGUGAACUCGUGGCUGACCGAAAUUGAAGCGGACGUCGACACGGAGUACCAAAUGAAAUUUGCGGAUCCCAUAGCAAACCCUUCGAGCUCAACAUCAUGA